GACGGGAAACAUCGUUAGUGUGAUUUUGUAUGUUGUGAAGGAGAGUUGUGUGUGGUUCAUUUUGGUGCUAACUUUUGUAUGAGUUGUACGCAUAUUUCCCUUUUGGCACUCCCGUGUGUGCCAAGAAAGCAAAAUCGUAAUAUUAGGAUAUGCGAGGAGUAGAAACUCACGAAAAAGAGAUAGAAGGGUCUAUACAUUUCGAGCUUGCGAAUACUACUUGCAAAAUCAAGUUUUCAGUUUAGCAUAGCCCGUGCUGUAUAGCUGAGCACAGGAAUUUUCUAAUGAACGGUAUCACCGUCUUUUCUCCAGCCGUGUGGUUACAAAACUUCGUGUGAUUUAGUUAAGUGUCUUUUUAAUGGUUUAGGCCUAAGUGCCAGUGGCAUACUAUGAAAAGAACUGAGUGUUAAAAAAGUGGGUGUGUAGUAGGCCGUCCAGUGUAGCCGUGGAUUUUUAGGAACUGUCACUUGACGACCCGUCUUCUCCCAGCCCCCUUUUCCCCAACAAGUUCAGGAGACUGGCUUUACGUGAGGAUAACCAUGUUAAUACACCCCGCUUAAACGGGCUGUGUAAGAGUGGGCGUGGCCAUGAUGACGAGGGUGGUGCUGGAGGUCACGUGAGGUCGAAAUCUUAACGACGACGCCAAAAGCCGCCAAGCUGACGCCUCACACCAACACGGAGGCUGUGGAGGAGGGGAUGCUGGAGGGCGUGUCGCGGCGUACCUUCGGGGGAUCGUCAGGGACGUACAACGUUCGAGCCUCGGAGCUGGCGCGCCACAAAGCCCUCAAGACGUUGCGCGUUCAGGUUGCCUUCCUCGAUGACUCCACGCAAGUCUUCGAAAUUGAGAAACGCGCCAAGGGCCAGGCGCUGCUGGACCUUGUGUUCAACCACCUGGAGCUCAUCGAGAGGGACUUCUUCGGCCUGCAGUACCUCGAGGCUUCUACCGUCGCCAGCGAGAACCCCAGGUUGGAGGGCGCCCUAAUGAAGAAGAGAUGGUUGGAUCCUCUGAAGCCAGUCAAGAAACAACUUCGUAUAAGGACCAAAAGUUUAGGAACAUGUGGCCUUCCAGUUUUAUACUUCCGAGUUAAAUUCUGGGUCAGCGAUCCGGGUAAGCUGACCGAAGAAUACACCCGGUAUCACGUCUUUCUACAGCUCCGUCGGGAUAUCCUCGACGGGCGAUUGUCCACGCCCGCUUCCAGCGCUGCCCUCCUCGCCUCCUAUGCCCUCCAGUCUGAGCUCGGUGAUUACAGUCCAGAAGAGCACGGAAAUACCUACCUCUCAGAUAUGAGACUCGUCCCAAAUCAAAAUGAUGAGAUAGAGAAAAAGAUUAUUGAACUACACAAACUUCAUAAAGGACAAAGUCCAGCGGAUGCAGAGUUCAAUUUCUUAGAUCAUGCUAAGCGGUUAGAUCUCUAUGGCGUCGAUUUGCAUAAAGCAAGGGAUUCAACCAACCGCGAGAUACACUUGGGUGUAACUGCGAUAGGUCUGGUUGUGCUCCAAAAUGGUAUCAAAAUGAACACCUUUAGCUGGGCAAAAAUUGUCAAGAUUUCCUUCAAACGGAAACAGUUUUUCAUCCAGCUACGAAGAGAAUUGGCAGAGCCAACUGACAGUAGUAAUGCAGACCCAAGUUCUUUUCUACAAAUUGUCAAGAAAAAACUGUAUAGGAAGUCUGAGAAUUAUGACAGUGUGCUUGGCUUCAAUCUUGGAUCGUAUAGGGCGUGUAAGUGCCUAUGGAAGUCAUGUGUUGAGCAUCACACAUUUUUCCGUCUUCAUACACCUAGAACUCCUGCUAGAAAAAAUAUGUUGACCCUUGGUAGUAAAUUUCGCUAUAGUGGUCGAACAGAAUUUCAGACACUGGAGGAAUGUAAGAGGCGAGCAAGAGUUGAACGUUCCUUUGUUAGGUCACCAUCAAAGAGAUUUGCUCGUCAGACAGUCCCAACUCCCAGUGAUUUAGGGCGUAAAGCACGAUCAGGUUCAGGCUCUUCCAUACGACCUCGGACCGACUCAUCAGGUUAUAAAGUAACUUCAUUGCAAGGUGCUAAAACUCCGAAAAUGGCUUGGGGGGAAGCCCAAACUCCUGAAGAUGAGAACGGCUACUCUGAACGGGAGGAUGGCGAACGGGGUGUGUGCUCCGAGGAUGGCAUUGGCAUUGGGAGGUCGGUGGGUGGCGGCCCGCCAGCGCCUCCGUCAACCUCUUCGUCGGCGUCAUCGGUGGAGAGUGACGUCGGGGCAUCGCCUUCCCCUGACCACCAGCCCGGAGGUAGCGAUGAAAGCGCCCACGGCCUGGUCACCAUCCGGAUGAAGCCGGACGAUGCGGGGAAGUUCGGUUUCAACGUCAAGGGCGGCGCUGACCAGAACCUACCUGUUCUGGUGUCGCGUGUCGCGCCCAACACCCCCGCCGAUAGAUGCUACCCGCGUCUCAACGAGGGAGACCAGGUCCUCCUCAUCAAUGGGCGAGAUGUCUCUGCCAUGACCCAUGAACAGGUGGUUAACUUUAUCCGUGCCUCAAGAGAAUGCCAUUCCGGAGAGCUCGUCCUGACCGUUAAACAAAAUGUGUACCUUGCGGAAGAACUUGAAGAGCCUGCCUUCCAGUAUGUCCCAGAGGCUCUUCCUUCGAGCGUCAGCAGCGUCGGCGUGUCCGGAGGCCAGGCCGCCCCGCUACACGAGUCUAUGCUCUUGCUGACGGAGGGACUUGAAGCUGGUUCGCUGGUCGCGCAGUUCGAACAGUUGUACAGGAGAAAACCUGGGCUGACAGUCUCCGAGGCCCGAAGGCAAGAAAAUGAGAAAAAGAACAGAUAUCGUGACAUUUCACCAUACGAUACCACCCGUGUGCGUUUAACUAAUGCCCCGUCAGGAGAUUACAUCAAUGCCUCGUAUGUUAAUAUGGAAAUUCAGGGUUCAGGAAUCAUCAAUCGAUAUAUUGCCUGCCAGGGACCUUUAGCCGGAACCUGCGUAGACUACUGGCAGAUGGUAUGGGAACAACAGUCUACUCUCAUUGUCAUGCUCACUACGGUUGUAGAACAAGGAAGAGUGAAGUGCCACCGUUACUGGCCUCGUUUAUAUGAAACCGUAGAUUAUGGAACUCUUCAGGUGACUUGCUUGAAAGAAGAGGAGACUCCAGGAUUUGCAUUCAGAGAAUUUACUCUCAUCAACACAGAGAAUCAAGAUGAGAGACACAUAACUCACAUGCAGUACUUGGCUUGGCCUGAUCAUGGUGUUCCAGAUGAUUCAACAGAGUUCUUGAAUUUUGUUGCCCAAGUUCGUCGUGCAAGAGCAGGAAUGGUUGAACCUACCAUUGUCCACUGUUCUGCGGGUAUUGGAAGAACAGGAGUCCUCAUCCUAAUGGAAACAGCCCAAUGUUUGAUUGAAGCCAAUGAGCCUGUAUAUCCCUUGGAUGUAGUCAGAGCCAUGAGAGAUCAGCGAGCCAUGAUGAUCCAAACAGCUAGUCAGUACAGAUUCGUCUGUGAAGCUAUUCAGCGAGUUUAUUCUGAAGGUCUCGUUAAACCCCUUGCAGAGUACCAACAGAGAUGAGAGGAUUUGGAUCUCAAGGUCUGAGUGAUAUUCAUCUAAGAAAGUUCUUUAAAGGUGUACAUAUCUUAGUCUAAAUUCAUAGGACAUGAUUGUCAAGGUUAUAACUUGACAAGUAAAGUGAAAUUUUCAAUGCAUCAUUUGAAAAUCGUGGAAAAGUAUUUGGUUUUUCAUUGUAGCAUGUGACUUCUGUUGUAGAAGAGGUUUAAAGUGAAAAAUAAUGUAAUUUUAAAUUAUAAGUUGUGGAGUAGAAAACUAUACAUAUCCUAUAUUAGGAGUUUAAAAGGAAAAAAUCGUUAGAAGAGCAUACUCCCUCUUCAGAGAAUGACACUCUUGGAGGAAGAAAUCCACCCUAAUCUUUUUUGCAGAGAGGAAAUGGAAGACAGUGCAUUUAAAAGGAUCUCCACACUUACAUUGUAAUUAAUUUGAGAUUUUAUUGAUUUAGUUUCAGUGGUUUUUAAACAACAAGGAGUUCAUUUUUAUUCAGAUUUUGAUGCAAGGCAUUUGUUUUGUCUUGGUAGAAUAUCAAAAGGAAUAUCAUUGCUCAAGUCCUCAUUACUUGUCAGCUUCUUUUAGUAUCAUGUUUUUAUUAAUUCAGAAGAAUUACAAAAUAAAUCCUCCCAUUUCCUUCAUGCACAUGUCAGUGUAAGUGAAACACUGUCUCAUGCAUGCAUUAGUUGAUCACCAACUAGCUUGUGCAUUGGAGUGUGAAUAUUUCCAAUGUUACUACUACCCUAUUCCUCUUUGAGAGAGAAAAAGACAACAUAACUUAUCCUAGUGUUCGACUGUGAAGAUUUUUGUGAAGAUUUUUUUCCUUAUUUAUUUAAUAUUCGUUUGUGUAUUUAUGUAUUUAGACCCUACAAUGCUCCAAUCUUGUGAAGAAACUUUUGCCACUUUUACUCUGUUCUAAUCUCUUAUGUCAACUUCUAUCAGGAUGCUCUUAAGCCUGGAGUGUAAAGUUUUUAAGUUAAAAAGAGAACUCUCUUGUCAGCAAUGAGUUGAUGAAAUUGGAGCUUAUGUCAAUAUCCACUGCCAAAAUGUUUUCAACUCUUGCUUGCUGCAUUUGCAAGUGUCAUUGUUGGAUGAAAGCCCCAUUGAAUGAGGCACCAGUGUUGUUAUUGAACCAUUGCCUUUGGUGUUGAUGUAAAGUAUACUGACACACACAGCCUGGAUGUUAGCUUUAUUAAAUGUAUAAUUCCACUGACUCUGGAUCUGUAGAAUGUAAUGGAGGCAAGGUAAUGUAACACCACAGUACAGGGUAUGUUCACCGUAGUGCCUAUUCUCCAUGGGUUUUGUACACUUAACCUAGUCAAAUACAGAGUCAUGUUACGUGACUUGUUAUUGAGUGCUGAUGUCUCUGCAAGAGUUUUUCUCAGAUGUCCUUUUAACUCCCUGUUAUCUCUCCAUCCUUUUUCUCCCCUCUCCUCAGAAAAAUAAAAAAGAAUUGAAGUCCCCUGACCAGUAUCUAGUGGUGGGACUAAGAUGUGCCUUCCUCUUGUUUGUAAGAGCCAGACUGGAGCAGCUGACAAUCUCAUACUGGUGAUACACACAGUCACCUUUAGAUAAAAAUGUCCUAUGUUCAAAUAUUUGACAGGUAUGUGAAUGAUGCUUAUGGUGUUUGUAUCAUUCAGGUUAAAUUUUGAAUGAUGUCCUACUCUGCCUUAUAGGCUUAUACCCUAGGGCAACUUGGGUGCUGCGUGCCCACUAUACCACUCAGGGUAUGGUAAACACAGAGACAACACACAUUGCCUUGGACAAUAUUUUGAUGUGCAAAUUUUACCUGCUUUUAAUACUGUAAUGUCUUGCAAUGUUUAUAAAUGGAAGAUGGUUUUGAUGAUGAAAUUUUGGUAGCUGUUUGAAUGAUUUGUCUGCUAUGUCCAUUGGUCUUCGAUCAGUAGUAUAACUGCUUGCAGAUUUUAUAUGUGAAAAUUAGCGUUCAAAGGGUUUAUCUGUAAGAAAUACUUUUAAGGUUUUGUAAUGUAUGGAUUCGUGAUAAAUUAUUUAUUGUCAGGAUUUAAGUAAUGUGUACAAAUCCUAAAACAGGUGUAGCCUUGUAAUAAAUGAAAAUCAUGUAACCUGUUAUGAAAUUGUCGGUAUGUAUUCAAAUUGCAAGGGGGUAUGGUGUAUGAAACUGCUGUUAGAACACAGUUGUACUAAGUAAAGUAGUGUUGACUUGAUUUUAUAAAACAUAGUAAUAUUUUGAUAGUUCAUUAAAAUACAGUUCUGUAAUGAGCGCUCUCUGCUUUCAUUAGGCUAUAUACCCAUAUUUAGACCUACUACUCCCUAACCUUUUUGAAAAUUCCCUCUUGAUGGAUGGAUUAUAUAUACCUUUUUUGAGUAUCCAUUUUUUGUGAUUAAUUUUUUUUUGUGUGGCUAACAGAAAAUAAACAAUGUUUAUAUUGAAAAUGGAAUGAAGUUUUUUCAACAAAUAUCAAGAAAUUAAACUGGUUAAGUUAAAUAUGACCAGAUAAUCUAGUUGCUGGGGUCAUAUAUUUUUUUACAUUUCAAAAAGCCAUUGAAAUAGUGAGAGUGGGACUAACCAAUGGACAUUGCAAUAACUGCAAUUGUCAGUACAAUGAAAGAAAAAAUAUAAAAACAAAAAAAAUGUGCAAAAGGGAAAGUAUAUCUUUCCCAUAAAUCUUAACAUCAGUGUGACUGGGAAAUGUGUUGUAUUUGACACAAGUGAGCAAUAAAGUGGUUUAUAAUAAA